AUGCGUACGUCGAGCCCACCGCCCGACGUACACGCAGCCGAAUCCCGGGACGCGCGCGACGCACCCUCAAGUGUGUUUGCCGCGACCCCUCAAGUUUCCGUUUCGAUGCAUACGCAUCCACCGUCAGCACCUGCAGUCGAUGCAGCGAUCAACGAGAUCGUUGUAUUCACUGUCAGAGAACCUCAUGAGGUGCUGAAUCCAUGCGACGCGCUAGUUUACGAGCUCAGCGGCGUUACGACGCACGACGUGUUCGGUGUGCCAUCCAGCACGACCGACAUGUCUCCCACUUCGACUUCGACUACAUACCGUCGUUCUACAAGUCGCCGCACAGUGGGUACGUCGAGCUACGGCGUACUCAAGGAUGUACCCGGCGUGUCAUCCGACCCCUUACAUGCGACCGAGGCGUACCCCACGACCACGAGGGUGCACCCGGUACGUACGUCACCAGUCGCAACACCCGCGUCGGAAGGCCACACUACGAACAACGAGUUCCUCGUGUGCCUCCCUGACGUCAAGAACGGGGUACUGGACUUGUGCAGCAGCACGACCCAGGACUUGAACGACGCGCGUUCAAGUCCAGCUCCGAGCGAGAAGACUGCGCAGAACGCAGGGAACGUCGAACAAGGAGGCUGCGAGGAGAUCAAGAAGGGGAAGAGGAGAAGGGAGGAGGAAGGACGUGAGGCGAGCAGAGAAAACGAGCACGAAGGCUCGAGAACUGCAGACUCGCGGUUCGACCUCGGCAUGGCUAUGUCGAGCCCUUACAUGUCUGAUACCGGCUGCAUGUACGAGGACUCGACCUCGUGUGAAUUCACGUCGACCGGGCGAGUUGCCGAGCAAGGUACUGACCUCAUCGUACUCGAUAACGAAGCCGAUGUCGUGUUCGACGACGCUGACCUCGGACAUCUCACGUCCACCUCAAUAUCGCGAUGUUCAUCCUGCAAUCAAUGCCGCCCGAUGUACGCACAGGGACAGGACCUCGUCCGUGCGCCAUGUACCCUCGAGUACAGCGGGCGCAUUUCAAACAUCAACCGCACUCCAAGCAUUGGAUACUUCAGACAUCUUAAAACCACGGGCAGCGUGGACUCCACUUCAGACGACAGCCACGUCGUUGCUCACCCUACCAGCCCAUCUUCGAAGCAUCUGCCUACAAUUACGGACCGAGGGAUUUGGCCAGGGCAUCCGGACGUCGCGCCCUUCUCCUCCCCGCCGUCCUCUGAGGGCGGUGCAACAUUAUCCUCCCCGGAGCUUGGACCUCUGCACGAUAGGGAAGAGACUUCCUACGACUACGACGGCAUACAACGUCUGCACGACACCAUCCUGCAGUGGCACCUUGCCGAGAAGAUAUUUGGCGAUCUCUUGAACGUUUCGAAUUUCCCCCUCAUCUACGACCAUCACAUCCGUCGCCACAACAUCUCGCCGCAAGACUGGAAGGAGACACAAACAUAUCUCCAACAGCAUUUGUAUAUCGUGCGGUGCCUGUCUUUCAUUUACAAUCCUACCAUGGCCACCGUCGACGUCUACUCUCCGACAAGCUUGCAUCAAAUCGUGACCAAUUCGAUGGACAAGAACAUCGUCAGAAUGAGCAAAGUGAACGGCCCUCAAACGAUAUCGAUAGAUGGAGCUCGAGGGCUCAUCACCGACAACGUAGGGCAUACGCCCGACUCCGUCAUAUCAAUAUCGACAACUCGACGCCUUCCAAGCGGCGACCUUAUAUACAUCGCGCGCGACACGUCUGUCGGUGAGACCUCGUUCACCCAGGUACUGGAGGACAUGCUGGGACAGAUCCAUGUGGCAAUGGGCAGUGGGCGGGACGAUAAGAUCGUCCCCCUCCUGUUCACAGGCAUCAACAUCGAAACUGAGGACUACAUCGACCCGGACCCGGAACAUUCAGCACCGGACGCCGGCGGGUUCAUCAAGGGAGGUGGCGCAGCUAACGAUGUUCUGUCCACCGGCUGGAAGCGAGGCGGCGAGGUGCUGAUGAAGCGGGCGAAAGCCCAAUGGUACAUGUUCAUUCCAGAGGAUCGCGAAGAACUGGGGGGUUGCCUCAAAAUAUGGCACGAGCGCAAGGACUGGGUCAUUUGGAAGUAUGGCGUGCCUAUCCAGCGUGUAUACGAGCCUGGCACACAUGCGUUCGAUGCGCGUGAAUUUGCGCUUGGCCGAUACCGGGCAGCGAUCGCCAAGAUUCGCGCAGCUGCGCACAACCAGCGCAUAUUAGCCCUCCUCAUGGAGGCAGACCAGACGGGCAAUGCGGCGGUUUUGAAGGAGCUAAGUCCAGCAGACCUUGCAGACAACAUCAACUUCGAAGAGCCUCCGAUCCCAGACCCGAUCCCAGACUUCAUCACAGACGUUGAAGUCGGAGCGCGUCAGAAGGCUCAAGACCAUUGGAAUCGGCACGGCUAUCGUGCGGAGACCAACAACGUCGUCCCACUCAACGACUCACAGGAACGCGCUCAGUAUCGCAAGUUCAUGGAGAGCCUCAAGCGCGUCCUUGAAGAGGAUGAGGCCCCAGGCGACGCCGAAGUCAUCGCAGACUUUCGAAAGAGGCAGCGUUUCAGCACGCCGUCUCCACCGCCACCGCCGAAGCCGCCGCAGCCGCCUCGUUUAAAGGUGGAAGAUUCGCCCGAGGAGGACGAGCACAGCGAGACCUCUGACGAGCACAGCGGCGGAUCGGCCCAGAGCUCCUUCGACGUACCUCGCAGCCUGGCGAAAACUGACGAGUACGCGCUUGCCACGGGUCGUACACUGAGGAGUGAGGCUAGGCCUCCUGGGAGACGUGGGCAACGUAUGGCUGGGUCAAUCGAUGUUGGCCAGUCAAUUACUGAACAAGAACAGCACAGUUUGAUCAUGCUGCUGGAGGCUACACCUAAUCUCAAUUCGGUCUUGUCGAACUUGCUUGCACGACUGCAAGCCACCCGAGCCACCCGGGACCUUCCCAAGAACGACUUGAUCCAGACAGGUCUCGAACUCUACUGCUGCGUAACGAAGUACAACAGGGAGACAUCGCCUCAGGCUACAAUAAACACGGUUAGUCUGGCUCGCUCGUUGGCCUACCAGGCAGCCUCGGUCGCAGCAUCGAAAGACGCGAACACCGUAUGGGAUUCAGAUCAGCUAAAGGCACCGUCGCAGUCGUCCAAGGCCACGGUUCACAAGUUCUUCACGAAACUCACAAGCAACCUGAGCGAACAAGUUAGCGUGGAGUGUUCUUGCGGCGUGCUGAUCCCAAGCUCACGAACACUAGCAUUUGGCGCGCCGAGCUCAAAACAACGACCAGGGUCGCCAAAAGAACAUUCCAAGAUUGGGUUUCUAUGGGCAGCAAAUUUGCCUUUGCAGCAGGAGGCGAACCUCCGAGUUCCAUUUGGAGCUGUAGACGGACAUUCAGCCCAGGACAUAGGCAAUAUGCUCCGCUGGCCAGACGGUAUGUUGAUGCUAUGUUACUUCUGGGACCAGCUCAUCGGUGCAGCAGACUCGCCAGCAGGACGACUAGUGAAGGAGGUAGUCAUCCCUUUCAUAUCUAAUCUGCACAAGCACUAUCCGACCAUGCUGGAGGACGUCUUCGCGGUGAACACGAGCAUUGGAAAUCUUGACGCGAACGACGCACUUUUUGACAGUCUCAAAUCAAACACCUUCAGCCUCGUUCCAAGACUGAAGAGCGUGUGGACGUCUUGUGACGAACGCGUUCUGGUACCGGUAACCUCACCAAUCUCAACAGCGACAGUCUUGCGACCUGCCUCUCCCAUUCAGCAACUAUAUCAACUGUCUCCACUAUCACCGUCCACGUCUCCGCUAUCGCCAUUGACCCCGCUAUCGUCGCCGCUAUCAUCACCGCACUUGUUCGGGCUCGGGCUCGGGCUCUCAGUAUUGCCACCUAUCCCUGCUAUCCCUGUGAUCGUCACGUCUUACGACCCUGCAAAGAAGAACAACGUACGAUACCCGGCUCCUCGUGACAAAGUCGAAAACAUUGCCUGGACAGAAACAGCACGUUCAUGGGCUCGCAAAGCCAUUGUGCCGCUUCAGGAAAUGUACAAUGCUGGAGAGAGAGUUAGUCAACAACGUUACGUUAGUGUUCCUGUGAACCUCAUAUCGGAUACCCUCAAUAUACGUGGGCGGGACAAUGGAUUGAUUGCGAGUAUCUGCACUUCAAUGCCAGAAGCCAUGAAGCGGCACUUAAUGGAUCGUCUUGUCGCCUGCUUCGAUUCGGACCCGUUCAAGCCAGUAGACUCAAACUCUGCGAACGGAGGCAGAACGUUCGAGGCAAUCCAUUUCUCUUGGUACAAUCGUCACUGUACAGUUGACAUGGAAGACCACCAGGGGAUCUACCAGUCCCUGAAGAAAACAUUUGCAGACGUCUUCAGUUGGGUAGAUGAAAAGCUUCAAUCUGUCUUACCAGUCGAAUACGAACGCCUUGAAGCUACCGCCGCAAUUCUACCCGGCAAUAACGCGUCGGUGGUCAAUCCGUUCGUAGGGCUAGUGGUCAACUUGAACGUGGUCACUCGCGCGCACAGAGACAGUAAGGACGACAGCGUCUGCCUGGUCUUGCCCAUUGGAGAUUUUGCAGGCGCCGCUAGCUCACUGUUACCAUUCGACAUUCUCAUGGCUACUCGUCAGUCCGCACGCAACGCCGCACGCCAGACGACUACGAAGCCCAAGACUGCGAAGUCUUCUGCCAAGUCAACGUCAGCCUCGAAGAAGUCAGGCGCCACGAAAACAUCCUUGCCGCAGGCCGCCACGGGCUCCAAACGUCCCAGGCAAGAGACACCAGUGCCGGAUGGCAAGACCUCUCAGGGCGAUAUCCUGUCGCCGUCCGAGAAGAAGAUGUACGACCGACUGAAAGCGAAGAUGGAGCAGGCCGAGAAGCAGGCGGCAGCAGACCGCAGGUCGAACACACAGAAGCUGAGUACAGCCAUGUUGCUGGCAGAGAAUGCAUCGGACGGAGAUGUUGAGGAACACGUUGAGGAGGAAGGUGCCGACGAGGCGGAUGAGGACGAGCAGCCGAGACGCAAGAAGCUGAAGAAGAACGUGGUAAUCAAUGACAGCGAUGACGAAGACCGCGACCAGCUUGUCGAUGAGGAUGAGGAGGUGCAGGUGAAGUCGAGCGAGCCAGAUGAAGCCCCAGACACGCCUCCGCAGCGCGCCAAACCUAAACCCAAGCCCGCAUAUGGCAAGAACAAGGGAAGGGAUGCUGAGAGCGGUGAGAGUGAAAAGGAUGACGGUACCCUGCCUACGCUCGACGAAGGCGAGCGUAGCCUUGCUAAGGCCCUCGGUCAUCGAUCGCCCGCUGCAAAGCAAAAGGCAACUACCAAGACGUCGCGAACGGCGAAGAUUCCUGAUGACGACGACAGUGGGUCAGACUACGGCGAACACCGCCGCACCACUCCCACUCCCACUCAGCCUGUCAAGGGCAAGAAGGUCUGGCGUAUGGACGCGGUUGUCAUUGACUCACCUCGCAAGAAGGUAAAGGUGGUCGACAGGAAGGAAAAGGGCAAGGUGAUCGUCCAGAAGAAGAAGCAGAAGAAGAAGGAGAUCGACUGGCUGGACACCGACAUGGAGUCGGACAGCGACACGGAGAAGGAGGCGGACGACGAUGAAGAAGACGACGAGCUGGGCCGCGACGAUGACGUAUGGCAGGAAGGCAGUGAGGAUGAAGAGAUGGACGAUGAUAGUGGGGACGAAGUGAUCGUUGUCAAGGCCCCGAAGAGCAAGAAUAGCUAUUCCAAAGGCAAGGCGAGUGCUCGCGGUCGCGGCAGUGCGAACAGAGUGAAAUCCGAAGGACGUCGUCGUGCACAGGCCAGGGACCUUCCCGAGACCCUUAGGGCGGUCGCCAGUUGCUCACAGAUGUAUCUUCGACUCCGACUCUCCCUCGAGCAUGCGUGGACGUCCGAGAAGAUGCAGAACAGCAGCCAGCUGCCUUACAAACACACGCUCAUCAAGAGGGCAAUAAGGGACGCUCGCUCUCACCGCGCCGAGGAUGGGAAGAAGAUACCGUACCUCGUGAGCGGCUUCAAGAUUCUCCAAACACCUGGGAAGAACCACCUCCGCGGCCAGGUCGCCACCAUCGUGUGGACCGGCGUGUGUCAGUUUCGGAACGACGUCAAGAAGAAGGCGAAAAUCGUCGUGGACAGCGCGUAUGGCCUGGCCGGCCUCUCGACGCAGCGCAGAGUCGCAGCCGCGACAUUUCUCCUCAAAUUCAACAUGCAGGGGAGGUUCUCAAUGCCUAACUUUAUCUUCGGCGACAUCGACAUUGCCUGGCAGGCGAACGACGCUCUUGAGGUCGACACCAAGGCGAGCGUCGUUAACCGCAAGAAACCCUUCCACCACAGAGCGAUCUCCGAUGUGAUCGCUCAGCAUUGGUUCCAUGGCCACAGGGAUUUUGCGUCUGUGGCUGCUAACGAUCGGUUCAGCGAGGUUCCCAACAACCUCAUUGCUCUUGUCUGCAAUGCGAUCGAGGCCGCGUUGGUGGACAUAGCUACUGGGACUCACAAUUUUACGAACAAGAUGUAUGCGCCGAAGUGGGGCAACAUCAUGGGUAUCCUCGAUCAAUUCGAGCACAAAGCCCCGGACGCAUAUGAGUCCAUGAAGGCGUUGAUCUGGACCAAUGUCAUGGCGCUGGUUGACGAACAGAAGGCAUCGAAGUUGAAGGAUCAGGCAGAAGCAGAGGUCGACGUAGGUGGUCGAGGUCGCGCCGCCGUCGAAGCAGCCGCCGCCGCCGUCGAAGCAGCCGCCGCCGCCGUCGAAGCCGUCGUCGUCGAACCCGCCGUCGAAGCCGCCGCCGCCGCCGUCGAAGCCGUCGUCGUCGAAGCCAUCGUCGAAGCCGUCGUCGUCGAAGCCGCCGCCGUCGAAGCCGUCGUCAUCGAAGCCAUCAUCGUCGAAGACGUCGAAGCCAUCGUCAUCGAAGCCUGGACCUGGACCAUAGGUGCAGCUUCUACAGCUGAGCAGGAAUCUGCAUCUCAGUUGCAAACAUCGGCCGUCCACGAGGAUAGCGACGACGGCCCAUCUCCAAGAUAUCCAAUACAACAGUCUAUCAUCUACGUCAAUAUGUCAACACUUGGAAUGGGAUAUGAGUAUGCGGUGAUGUCUUCUGUCUGA